CUUGAAAGGCUCCACUCCACCCGACCAGAGAUGGGGUGGAGCAUGACCGUCCGAUGAAACCAGCUCAAUUACAGAGUCCUUCCAUGUUCUUGACUUUUUACAGAGAAGAUGAUCUAAAGCAGUUAGCCCAGAUGAACAUACUGACAAAGACAUCUCCUCUGCCUACCAGAACCGGAAAAGAGGCGUUUCUUCUUUCUUCACGGACAAACCCAUCUCACCCAACCUCAAUUUCACUAACAAAAACCUAAUUCUCAACCCAUCUCGCCGCAAGCUCUCUCUCUCCUCUUCACAAAUGGCGGCAAUGAAGCCUCGAAAGAAUAGUAAUCUCUCCAUAUUUGCAGUCGUUUUCUCCGUUUUCCUAUUUGGGUUUUUCAUCUACAAUGAAGACAUCAAGUCAAUUGCCGAGUUUCCAUUCUCCCGCUCCAAAACAGAGGAGCUCAAAGAACAGAGCCAGAAACAGAGCUCCCCUGUUCUUAACCCCCUCCAAACUGACGCUUCUGUGGAUUCAAGAACACAGAUGAACUCGGAACAAUCAGAAACACAUGAAUCCGUUAAUCACAAAACGAUCGCUACUACCAAGGAGGACGAAGAACAGAGCAAUCAGAACGUGGAACAAGAAGAAAAUGACGACGACGAUGUUGAAUUGCCCCCUGAAGAAUGCGAUCUGUAUAAUGGGAAAUGGGUUUUCGACAACACUUCAUAUCCUUUGUAUAAAGAAGAUGAAUGUGAAUUUCUAACAUCGCAAGUAACUUGCUUGAGAAACGGAAGAAAAGACUCUGUUUUUCAGAAUUGGAGGUGGCAACCCACAGAUUGUUCCUUGCCCAAAUUCAAAGCUAAAUUGCUUCUGGAGAAACUGAGGGGAAAGAGGCUGAUGUUCGUGGGAGAUUCAUUGAACAGAAACCAGUGGGAAUCCAUGGUUUGUUUGGUUCAAUCGGCGGUUCCUCCGGCCAGAAAAAGCUUGGAAAAGAUUGGUUCACUCGCCAUCUUUAAACUUCACGACUAUAAUGCUACAGUGGAAUUCUACUGGGCCCCAUUCUUAGUAGAGUCAAAUUCUGAUGAUCCAAGGAUGCACAGCAUUUUGAACCGGAUCAUCAUCCCUGAGUCCAUCAAUAAGCAUGGAGAGAACUGGAAAGACGUGGACUAUCUCGUCUUCAAUACCUACAUUUGGUGGAUGAAUACCGUCACCAUGAAAGUUCUGCGAGGAUCAUUUGAUGAAGGAUCAACGGAGUACGAUGAAAUCGAACGACCCGUUGUUUAUGGAAGAGUGUUGAACACGUGGAUGAAAUGGGUGGAAGAAAAUGUGAACCCUAACCGAACCAUGGUCUUUUUUAGCAGCAUGUCUCCUCUUCAUAUCAAGAGCUUGGAUUGGAACAAUCCAGAGGGGAUAAAAUGCGCCAAAGAGACAAUGCCAGUACUGAACAUGACGACGCCGCUGGAAGUGGGGACGGACCGUCGGCUGUUCUACAUCGCGAUGAACGUAGCGCAGACAAUAAAAGUGCCGGUCCAUUUCCUCAAUAUCACCGCCCUCUCUGAGUACCGCAAAGACGCACAUACCUCCGUUUAUACCAUUCGUCAGGGCAAAAUGCUGACUGCGGAGCAGCAGGCUGACCCCGCCACCUACGCCGAUUGCAUCCAUUGGUGCCUGCCUGGCUUGCCCGACACGUGGAAUGAGUUCAUUUACACACGCAUCAUUUCCGCCUCCUAACAACUCCACCAUACCAUUACACACCCUCAACCUUUUUUGGUUCUUAGUCUUUGUUCUAAAAGAUUUUUGUAUAAAUUUCUUCUUCUUCUUCUUCAUACGAAAGUUUUCUUGGGUUUUCUGUUCAUGAUUAACCCGUUUUUUCGAGAAAAAUGAUAAAUUGGUAUCUCCAAGUGAAGAGAA